AUGGCAACAGGAAGAACAUAUGCACAAUUAUGGGCACCUAUUGGCCAUUUUGUGUUCCUCAUGCUUAUGAACAAGGGAUUUCUGAUUUGCAUGUUUAUGAAAUUUUCAUUUGAUAAUUUGAAAGAUUCAGAUUAUCAAACGAGGAAUAAAGCAAUUAAUGACGUUGGACGCUUUGAUAGUGUUGAAUCACCAUUAAUAUUGAGAGACAUUGUGAUUUCAGUGGAGACAACAUCAAGUCAAGCAGAGGAAAGGGGUCAUAGUUUACUGGACGAGAUGCACAUCUUACCGGUUCAUGGUUUGCUACAUCUUUUGGGGUUCGAUCAUGAGAUUAGUGAUGAAGCUGAAGCUGAAAUGGAGAAAGAAGAGGAGCUUCUUCUAAAUGCUUGA